GGCCCCGUGCUGCAGGGCUCUGCCACCGUGGCAUCCUGCUGGGCCUGAGGGAAGCGUUGCUGAGCACAGAGCGACCCCAGCACUGCUGCUACGUGUCUCCUGACUUGUGCUAAGCAGCUUGCCUGGUUUCUGCAGCGACCUGAGGAGGUGCUGGUGCUCUUGGACAGGCUUUCCACCAAGGAGCUGGGAAGUUUAAGAGUUUCGAUCUGUGCUCUGGAAGCAGCUGACAGCGUGUGGUAAUGUGCUGACUGGCACUAUGGGCAGGCGGUACCCAGGGGCUCACUAUCGGCCAAGCAGCUCAUUCGACUCCGGCGUGGACGCCUUGGCAGUGUUUAUGGCAAGCGGCAGCACGACGGACGUUGUGAACCGCAACAGCCCCGCCACCCCACCCAACACCCUGAACCUGCGCUCCUCGCACAACGAGCUCCUGAAUGCAGAGAUCAGGCACACCGAGGCCAAGAACAGCACCCCUCCCAAAUGCAGGAAAAAGUACGCGCUGACUAACAUUCAGACAGCCAUGGGUCUUUCCGAUCCAGCGGCUCAGCCCCUUCUGGGGAACGGCUCUGCCAAUAUAAAGCUGGUGAAGAAUGGAGAAAACCAGCUCAGGAAAGCUGCCGAGCAGGGACAGCAGGAUCCCAACAAAAACCUUGCUAGCACUGCAGGCGUAAAUGUAACUUCUGAGAAGUUUGAAAGCAAUGAGCCGAUCCCGCAGGAUUCCUCUGGCUGUGAAAUAUUACCCUCGCAGCCGAGGAGGACCAAGAGCUUCCUGAAUUACUAUGCAGAUCUAGAGACAUCAGCUCGAGAUCUGGAGCAGGGUUUUGUUGCGAUGGAAGAUAAGUCUGCACAAAGCAACAGCCAGGCUUCUACCGUUAUUGUCAAUGGGGAAGUCCUGCCCCGGAAACAGAACAAGAUGCCGAGCCCAGAGGAUGGCCAGGUUGCCACAGUAUCAUCAAGCCCUGAAACAAAGAAAGAUCACCCAAAAACUGGGGCCAAAACAGACUGUGCCCUCCACAGGAUUCAAAACCUGGCCCCAAGUGAUGAGGACUCCAGCUGGACCACCCUGUCCCAGGACAGCGCCUCGCCGAGCUCCCCUGAUGAAACAGAUAUAUGGAGUGAUCAUUCAUUUCAGACAGACCCAGACUUACCACCUGGUUGGAAAAAGAUAAAUGACGUUGCUGGGAUCUACUACUGGCACAUACCAACAGGAACAACUCAAUGGCAGCGUCCUGUGUCCAUCCCAACAGAUCUCCAGGGCUCACGAAAAGGAUCGCUUGGUUCUCUCACUCCAUCUCCUACUCCAGAAACUGAGAAACAGCCAUGGAGUGAUUUUGCUGUACUGAAUGGGGGAAAGAUUAAUAGUGACAUUUGGAAGGACCUGCAUGCAGCCACUGUGAACCCAGACCCAAGUCUGAAAGAGUUUGAAGGAGCAACGUUACGCUAUGCCUCUUUGAAGCUCAGAAAUGGCCCACAAUCAGAUGAUGAUGAUUCUUGUAGCAUCAACAGUGAUCCAGAAGCCAAGUGCUUUGCUGUACGAUCUCUGGGCUGGGUAGAAAUGGCAGAAGAAGAUCUGGCUCCUGGAAAGAGCAGUGUUGCUGUGAACAAUUGCAUCAGACAACUCUCUUACUGUAAAAAUGACAUCAGAGACACUGUUGGCAUUUGGGGAGAGGGCAAAGACAUGUACCUUAUCCUGGAGAAUGACAUGCUGAACCUGAUUGAUCCCAUGGACCGCACAGUUCUGCACUCACAGCCCAUUGUGAGCAUCAGAGUCUGGGGCGUGGGGCGUGACAAUGGUCGAGAUUUUGCUUACGUGGCAAGAGACAAAGACACAAGAAUUCUGAAAUGUCAUGUGUUUCGAUGUGACACACCUGCAAAAGCCAUUGCUACAAGUUUACACGAAAUCUGCUCAAAGAUUAUGGCUGAACGGAAGAAUGCUAAAGCCAUGGCUUGCAGCUCAUUGCAAGACAGGACAAAUGUCACCCUUGAUGUUCCUCUGCAAGUAGAUUUCCCAACACCAAAGACAGAACUGGUACAGAAGUUUCACGUCCAGUACCUGGGAAUGCUACCUGUAGCUAAACCUGUGGGAAUGGAUACUCUGAACAGUGCCAUUGAAAGUCUAAUGGCUUCCUCUAGCAAAGAUGACUGGUUGCCAGUUACCAUGAAUGUUGCUGAUGCUACUGUCACAGUCAUCAAUGAAAGAAAUGAAGAGGAGGUCAUGGUGGAGUGUCGUGUGCGGUUCCUGUCCUUCAUGGGAGUCGGCAAAGACAUCCACACGUUCGCCUUCAUUAUGGACACGGGCAACCAGCACUUUGAGUGCCAUGUGUUUUGGUGUGAACCGAAUGCAGGCAAUGUAUCAGAAGCUGUUCAGGCUGCUUGUAUGUUACGGUAUCAGAAGUGCUUAGUGGCCAGACCUCCUUCACAGAAAGUCCGGCCGCCCCCACCUCCUGCAGACUCGGUGACCAGAAGAGUUACAACCAACGUAAAAAGAGGAGUCUUGUCCCUCAUUGACACUUUGAAACAGAAACGCCCGGUCACUGAGAUGCCAUAGCUGCGUGAGAGAGAGGAUUCUCCUGCCAUGUGGCUGAAGAUAACUGUAGCUACGCUAGGGGAAAUGAUCGGACCAUGUCUGACCUUCCAUUUCAGUUGCUGAUGCUUUCUCUUCAGAGAAUUUACCCCUGUCGAAACAAUGUUUAACAAGCAUGUUCUCAUUCUUGCCGCCAUCGCGUGAUAUGAAAAGAAGCAUGAAUAAUUUUUUUGCUGUCAGUGAGUUACAUCAUGGGCAAUGGAAGGUCUGUUUGAUUGUAAAUACAUGAACAUUACCUAAACUCACACAAAAAAGAGAAUAUGGCCACGUCCCUCCCAGUGAACUCAUGCUAAAGUCCUUGGAGUGAAUGAUGCCUGAGUUGUUUCACCUUCUUGAGCUGGAUUUGUCACAAGCCAAUCUUAAAUCCUACAGCACUUUGCUCUGUUUUCAACACUGGAAUAGGUAUCAAGUGUUAGCUACCAUUGAAUUGCUGUAGAUUAAAUACCAAGUUUUAUUUUUUACAGAACUGCACCUGUUAGUUUUAAAUUGUUUGUCAGCAUUGGUCUAGCAACUACUUCAAAAUCUCCCUGACGUAUUUUUGAACAGUUGUGUCAUUAUGUCAUCUUCUGGUUACACAUUAUGGUUUUACGGAAGAAUUUUGUUUAAAACCAAACCAAUGAUGAAAAAUCCAGUAGUGUUUUUAGUAAUUGAGUUGCAGGGUAAUCCACUGAAGCUUUUCAGCUUUAAACAUAAAAAUUCAGCUGCUGGCUGUUAAAUUUAUUCUCUUAAAUCUAUCAUUAAUUUAUCAAAAAUACUAUUUGUUUCAUGGAGGGCUCAAACCAAUCAGGAAUAAGAAAGAAGUAGUUAGUGAUUUUAUUCUCUUACAACUGUUAUAGAGACUAAACUAUUCCACACCUUUUCUAUACAAGUGUUUGAUGAAAUGUUCAGUUCAGUGUCUGGCUGCAUAAUUCCCCCUUCUCCUCAGAGUUUGUUGCUGAAUACUUAGCAUGCCAGAAGAAGAACAAUUACAUUUCUUGUUAUUUACAAAAUUUCAUGAAAUUUAUUUUACUUUUAAUGCUCUUGUAACAAAAUAAGAAGAGUUGUUUUUUUACAGGAUAGUGUUUCAGGUAGUACAAUUGGAUUUCAAUGCUUUGCUCCAAAGACUUCAUCUAAUUGAUUUGCUUUACACACCUGCAGACCCUCACAAAUCAGCCCAGCAUUGCCCUCAAAAUUGUACCUCAGGCUGAUUUUGAAAUGCAGUCAUGCAUCUUGAGUCUCUGCCUUUGUCAUCUUCUGUCUAAACCUGCAGAUUGGUACAGAUUUUGGAAAUGGAACAUUAAGUAUGUUUAACUAGUGUUAAAAAUAUUUUGCCUCCCUUUAUAGCAGGUUCCAAAUUGUAACUGUCUCCCAAGUCUGCAAAUCUUGUCAUACUCCAGUGAUAAAGAGCACUGACAAAGUUCUUGUUACAAUACUCUUUUUUUAUUUUACUGUGCAAGAGACUGUUCUUUUUUAUUUCCUUGUUUGAAGAAAUUAAUGAGCACACCUGGCAAAGUAACUUAGGAACA